AUGGUCUCCGCGUGCUUUGCUCAGUGGGGUGAGUUGAGUUGGAAACACCUUAGAAUAACUCCUAUUAGAGAUCACAAAAAAAUUUGAAAAUUAAUCAAAAAUGAGCUAAAGGAAGUAGAGACAGCACCGGUUGAGAUUCGUGCUAUAUGAGAACGACGUCAUGGAUCUCAUAGAUUUUGAGGAAUUCGCCAUGCUUGUAUUCUCCCAACAUUGGCGGUUUUUAUUCUGUAGGCAUUGAAGAAAACUCGAAGAAGAAAAUUUUGAACUAGAAACCUAUUUAAAUAUUUUCAAUUUUUUAAAACAAAGGAGAUACACUAAAUUCACUUAUUCUUUGUAGAAAUUUCAAAAUUUUGGUUUGUUUGCGACUUCGAACGGCCUGACUUAUCUGCGCUAUGCCGUGUUCAAAGUGAUUACCGCGAAAUGAAAGUUUAUCUCUGAUUCUCGAAAAUUUCCUUAUUUUUUUUCCACUCGCAUUUUUAGCUUAGCGGAAAUACUUUGAAAACGGCGUUAUGACGCAACUUUUACGAUGCCGAUGAGAGAAAAGAGGUUUCAAACAAGCGAGACCCUCACAGCUAUUCGCGAAUUAGGGAUACUACUACUUUCUGCGACUAAGACGUCCAAAAAAAACCCAAAAAUCUCUCAAAUCGAAGACGGUGUUUAGACUCGCCUUAUGGCAUGAUGGGCGGAGGAUCUCCUUAUGGACCAGGAUCAGUUUACGGACCUUACGGGCCUUAUGGAGGUCCUAUGCCACCACCUGGAAUGAUGUCACCCUAUGGACCGCCGAUGAUGGGAGGACGAAGGAUGGCACGGCUUCAGGCCAUGCAGAUGAUGAUGGGACCGCAGGAAGGCGUCGGCGGCGGAAACUUUGCUCAGAACAUGCUCAAAGGAGCCAUGAUGGGUGCGAUGCUCGGCGCCUUCGAAGGAUGA